AUCAGGGAAACUGGCGAAAGACCCAGUAAUGAGGAGAUCUUAAGGUUCUCUAAACUGUUUGAAGAUGAGUUAACUCUGGACAAUCUAACCAGGCCUCAGUUGGUGGCACUUUGUAAAUUGUUGGAACUUCAGUCAAUUGGGACAAAUAACUUUCUCCGCUUCCAGCUGACUAUGAGGUUGAGAAGCAUAAAAGCAGAUGACAAACUGAUUGCUGAAGAAGGAGUUGAUAGCCUGACUGUUAAAGAGCUUCAGGCAGCUUGUCGUGCCCGAGGUAUGAGAGCUCUUGGUGUGACAGAGGAACGUCUCAGGGAACAGCUGAAACAGUGGUUAGAUCUACACCUGAACCAGGAAAUCCCUACUUCGUUGCUCAUUUUAUCCAGAGCCAUGUAUCUUCCAGAUACCCUUUCUCCAGCUGAUCAGCUCAAAACAACGCUUCAGACACUACCCGAUAGCGUUGCCAAAGAGGCUCAAGUCAAAGUGGCAGAAGUUGAAGGUGAAAAGGUAGAUAACAAAGCACGACUGGAAGCAACACUUCAGGAGGAGGAAGCCAUCAGAAAAGAAAAUGAAGAAAAAGAGAUGGAAAGAAUUUCUGAAGCUGCAGAAAAAGCCAAAGAACCCCUUCAAGUUGCAGCUGUGAAAGAGGUGGAGUCAGUAGUAGAUCUUGAAGCAGCUACUCUGCAAGCUAAAAAAAGUCAGAUGGCUAUGGAUGCUGAACAGGAAGUGGCAAGGGCAGAUACGGCAAUGCACUCGGAGACGCUGAAAGAUACAGCACCGGUAUUGGAAGGCAUUAAGGGUGAGGAAAUCACUAAGGAGGAGAUUGACAUGCUGAGUGAUGCUUGCACCAAGCUGCAGGAACAGAAAAAAUCACUAACAAAGGAAAAGGAGGAGCUUGAGGAAUUGAAGGGCGAUAUCCAGGAGUAUAAUGAGGAUUUGCAAGAGAUAAAAGAGCUCUCUAAAACUGGCCAGGAAGAGGUAGUGGAGGAGUCAAAGGCAAGCAAGCGAUUGACCAAGAGAGUGAACCGAAUGGUUGGUCAAAUAGACAAAAUUAUUGAUGAAUUAGAGACAAGUCAAAAGACAGUGGAUGUAAAGCUGGACAGUGGUGGUAGUCCUCCUGCUGGGGAGAAUCUCAUCAGUAUUGCUGAGCUAAUUAAUGCUAUGAAACAAAUUCAGAAGAUUCCAGAGGAGAAGCUAACUAGGAUUGCAGAGGCACUAGAUGAAAACAAGGAUGGCAAAAUUGAUAUAGAUAAUGUUGUUAAGGUAGUAGAAUUGAUUGACAAAGAAGACAUUGAUAUUGGCACCAGUCAGGUUGCUGAGAUUAUGGCACUACUUCAAAAAGAAGAAAAACUGGAAGAAAAAGAGAAAGCAAAGGAAAAGCAUGAUAAAGAAGCUGCGGAAGCAAAGAAUUAAGCUUCAGGAUCUGAAGCUAAUCCCAGUUGUAACCAAAACCUUGUAUAUCUUUCUGUGUCUAAUGGCUACAUAUUACUUGAGCUUUUGUGAUUAUUAUGGGAAGUGUUUUGAGCUGACUCUAGUAAUAAAUUAUAAAUAUGUUUUCUGA